GGCAUCGAUUUCUGUCCUGGCCAGAGCGUGGAUGGAGUGACCACACACACCCAGGAGGAGCACACCUACCUGCCCCUGCUCUUCCACCUGGGCAGGGACCCUGGGGAGAAGUUUCCCUUGAGCUUUGCCAGCGAGGAGUACCAGCAGGCUGUGGAACACAUCUCAGGGCUGCUGCAGCAGCACAGGGCCACCCUGGUGCCAGGCCAGCCCCAGCUGAACGUGUGUGACCAGGCUGUCAUGAAUUGGGCCCCUCCGGGCUGCGAGAAGCUUGGGAAGUGCCUGAAAGCACCCGAGUCUGAUCCUAAGAAAUGCUCUUGGCCUCACUGAUGGCUGCAGCCCUGCAGAGCUGCCCACAGGACAUCCAGUGUGCAAUGCCUGCUCCUGUUGGCACUCCUGUUUACACAGGAAGGGUGUGAUGUGUGCAUGAUAUCAUCACUUGCUCUUCCAAAAGGGCCAGUGUUUAUAUUCCUCAUGCUCAGGGUUUAGCCUCUACUCCUCUCUCCCCCCAGCUCUUUCCCUACAUGGUAACUCCAGGGAGAUUGGGUCAGCUGGAAAAGCUCUCUGGACUCUGCCACCAGCUCCAGAAUGCCCUGGAUCACUCCUGUUCCUCCCACCCAGCCUUGCUCCCUCAGCUGCCCCAACAGGAGCCACGGGACAGUCAGGAAACUCAGAGCUGCCAGAGAGCCCUGCCCAAGCUGCCCAUGUUUUGUUUGCCUGUGGCUUGUUGUUUUAACAUUUCAUUUCCAUUGUGAGCUCUGGACAUCAACUUGUUUUUGCUUUCUCCCCAAAUCUGUGAGCUCUGGGUGCAAAUCAGGGAUCCCUCCUGCUCACAGCUAUGGGGUUUGAUCCAGGGAGAAUGCUCUGAGUUCCUUCCAUGUGUAGCUGCAAACAUUCCCAGGUGAUGGUUUCAGGAAAGGUGGGGAUUGUGUUCAGGUGAGGGCUGGAUUGGGGUUACAGCCCCUGCCAAGGCCUGAAGGAGCUCCAGGAGAGCUGGAGAGGGAAUUUGGGCAAGGGAUGGAGGGACAGGACACA